GCGCCCGCCCGCGGAGGACCCUAUUUCGGGAGGGACGCCACAAAAUGGCGGAGCCCGGCGAGACGGAGGCGACCGGCUUCAAGCGGCCGAGCCGGCCGCCGCCAGCCGAACCGGGACCCGGUGCCGGUGCCGGUGCCGGUCCCGGCCCCGCACCGCCAGCCCCCCGCUACGAGGAGCCGCCGUGGGGCUGCCGCCCUCCUGCCGGCGCCGGCUACGGGCUGGAGGUGCUGAAGGGCGGCGUGGUGCUGGGCUCGGUGCGGCUGGAGGGCGGCAGCUGGUUCCUGGCGGGGCGGCUGCCCGGCUGCGCCCUGGCCCUGGAGCACCCGUCGGUGUCGCGGCACCACGCCGUGCUGCAGUACCGCGGGCCCGGCAGCUCCCCCGACGGCUCCGACGCCGCCGGUUUCUACGUCUAUGACCUGGGCAGCACCCACGGCACCUUCCUCAACAAGGCGAGGGUGCCGCCGCGCACCUACUGCCGGGUGCGGGUGGGCCACGGGCUCCGCUUCGGCGGCAGCUCCCGCCUCUUCCUGCUGCAGGGACCCGAGGAGGACCAGGAGUCCGAGUCGGAGCUGACCGUGACUCAGCUGAAGGCACUGCGCAAGCAGCAGCAAGCGAAACUAGAAAAGACGAUGUUGGAAGAAGACUCUGAUGAGGAAGAUGACAAAGAGGAGAGAAGAAACGAGAGCAGUCAGAACACCGAUAUGAGCUGCUCGUGGGGAAUGGGGGAGGAUGCUGAGGAGGAUGAGGCUGAAGAAAACCCUAUUGCUAUUGAAUUUCAGGACGUACAAGAUGCCUUCUAUAUGAAGGACCCUAGGAAGGCCCUACAGGGCUUUUUUGACAGAGAAGGAGAAGAGUUAGAAUAUGAAUAUGAUGAUCGUGGGCACAAUAGCUGGCUAUGCAGGGUCAAGUUGCCUGUGGAUGAUGCAUCAGGGAAGCAGCUGGUGGCAGAGGUUCUCCAUUCAGGAAAGAAGAAAGAAGCAAUGGUACAGUGUGCACUGGAAGCUUGCAGAUUACUGGAUGCUAGGGGAGUGCUGAGGCAAGAAGCAGUAUCUCGAAAAAGGAAAUCAAAGAAUUGGGAAGAUGAGGACUUCUAUGACAGUGACGAUGACACCUUCCUUGAUCGAACUGGUGCUGUAGAAAAGAAGCGACUGAAUAGAAUGAAGAAAGCUGGUAAAAUAGAAGAAAAACCAGAAACUUAUGACUCCCUGGUCACAAAGCUAAAGGAAUCUGAAAAUGAGCUUCUUGAGAUAACAGAAAAGCUGAAGGCUUCAGGGAAAGUCCAGUCCCAGCCAGCAGCUCAAGAUUCCUUGGAUGAAUUCAUGACCGAAAUAAAGUCAGGGUGCACCUUAGACAACGUGACUCGAAAGAAACUUCACUUGCGAUCGUUUGAACUGAGGAAAGAGCAGCAGAGACUGAAAGGGUUAAUAAAGCUUGUCAAGCCUACAGAACUGCCUGAGCUGAAGCCCCCGAGUGGGAGUUACAGUCUGGAAGCAGACAGCAAGCCAAAAAAGAUUGCCCUGACUCUCUUCGGCGCAAUGAAAGGGGGGAGCAAAUUCAAGCUGAAAACUGGAAGCCUAGGGAAAUUGCCUGAUAAGCGUCCAGUUAUCCCUGAAAACUUGUUAAAAAUGAAAGAUGAUGGACCAGAGGAAGAGGAGGAGGAAGAAGAGGAAGAAAUGGAGGAGGAGCAGGGAGUAGAUGCAGUAAACAGCAGAGCAUCAGAUGUGGAAAUGAAAAUAACAACAGAGGAAGAAACAGGAGAAGAAGUUAAUGAUCCCAAUGGUUCUACUUGCGAUAAUGAGAAGCUAGAAUCCCUUCAGGAUGGGGUUAAUAUUCUGCCUGAGCCAAAGAUAUUAAGAAAUAAAUCUCAGAUGGGACCCCUGCUAGAGAAAUCUCAAGCAUCUGAGGCAUUGUGCAAGGAACCUGAAGAGACAUCCGAGAAAGCUAAGAAAACUAAUAGCUCAAGCAAGGCUGCCCAGAUCCGCUCUCUGAAGACCAUGGAUGACCUGAUUUGGUGUUGGCAAUGGACCUAUUUUGAAAUGGAGUUUGGACUCGUUGAUCUCCAGAGGUCCAACCACCUUUUUUUUCUUCGCAUUACCCAGAUGAUGACCCAGACUACUGCAUGUGGGUUCCUCCUGCAGGUCAGAGCGGUGAUGGCAAGACUCAUCUCAACGAAAAGUAUGGCUACUAAGCUUCAAGCUCCAGAAAGCAGAUCUGAGGUUUGAAGGACUGCUCUGCUUCGGACUCUUUAUUGAGUCCACUCGUUAUUGAGGGAUAAAAGAGAUGUUUUUUUCAGACCCGAUUCCAGCCAUGCUGGCUGUUAGCCAUCCCUGUGUGUCCUCUGUUGCUUGUAUUCCAAAUACUUUUUUAAAGAUUCCUGAGCUCACGCAUUCUUCUGUCUCUUUCUUCUGCUAUUAGCCUUGUUCUUUUUUUGUUUAGUGUGAAACCACAGACUUGUUUAUCCUUUUGUAAAUAAAAAUAUAAAAAGUAUUUUAAAUAUAUUUAAAAAA